AUUCAAAUUUUAAGACAUACAAACGUAAUAACUGCUAGAUGUAGUUAUUAUUGUAUAAAAGUCGAAUUAAAGAUAUAUAAUAUCGAUUACGCCACUACCUAUAUAUAUUUACAAUGCCAGAUAUUAAGAUUACACCUUUAGGAGCUGGUCAAGAUGUGGGUAGAAGCUGCAUACUGCUCUCCAUGGGUGGUAAGAACAUCAUGUUAGAUUGCGGCAUGCACAUGGGUUACAAUGACGAACGACGUUUUCCUGACUUCUCCUACAUUGUUCCUGAGGGGCCCAUCACAAGUCAGAUUGAUUGUGUGAUUAUAUCACAUUUCCACCUAGAUCACUGUGGUGCUCUGCCGUAUAUGUCUGAAAUGGUUGGUUAUACUGGUCCAAUAUAUAUGACCCACCCAACAAAAGCUAUAGCACCUAUUUUGCUUGAAGAUAUGAGGAAGGUUGCUGUAGAAAGAAAGGGUGAGUCUAAUUUCUUUACAUCACAGAUGAUAAAAGAUUGCAUAAAGAAAGUAACAGCAGUAACAUUGCAUCAGUCUGUAAUGGUUGAUAAUGAACUUGAAAUUAAAGCAUAUUAUGCUGGCCAUGUGUUAGGUGCUGCUAUGUUUUGGAUUAAAGUUGGCACACAAUCUGUAGUAUACACAGGAGAUUAUAAUAUGACUCCAGAUAGACAUUUGGGUGCCGCAUGGAUAGAUAAAUGCAGACCAGACUUAUUGAUAACUGAAUCAACCUACGCUACAACUAUUAGAGAUUCUAAACGUUGCCGUGAGAGAGAUUUCUUGAAAAAAGUACAUGAAUGUGUAGAAAAGGGUGGGAAAGUACUAAUUCCUGUAUUUGCUCUUGGAAGAGCUCAAGAGUUAUGUAUCCUGUUAGAAACAUACUGGGAAAGGAUGAAUUUAAAGUAUCCAGUUUAUUUCGCACUGGGUUUAACAGAAAAAGCUAAUAACUAUUAUAAAAUGUUUAUAACUUGGACAAAUCAGAAGAUACGCAAAACAUUUGUUCAAAGAAACAUGUUUGAUUUUAAACAUAUUAAGCCAUUUGACAAGUCUUACAUAGACAACCCUGGAGCUAUGGUUGUCUUUGCUACACCUGGAAUGUUGCAUGCAGGCUUAUCACUAAACAUAUUUAAGAAAUGGGCACCAUAUGAACAAAACAUGGUUAUAAUGCCCGGAUUUUGUGUCCAAGGAACUGUAGGACAUAAGAUCCUUAAUGGAGCAAAGAAGGUUGAGUUUGAAAAUCGUCAAGUAGUGGAAGUAAAAAUGGCAGUAGAAUAUAUGUCUUUUUCAGCACAUGCAGAUGCUAAAGGAAUUAUGCAGUUAAUACAGUACUGUGAACCAAAGAAUGUUUUAUUGGUGCAUGGUGAGGCUCAAAAAAUGGAGUUUUUGAAGGAUAAAAUAGAGAAAGAGUUUAAUAUAAAUUGCUAUAUGCCUGCAAAUGGUGAAACAUGUAUUAUUACAACUCCAACUAAGAUUCCUGUAGAUGUUUCCUUAAGGCUGCUUAAAGCUGAAGCAGUUAGAUACAAUGCUCAACCCCCAGAUCCAAAAAGGCGUCGCAUUAUCAAUGGUAUUCUCUGUGUUAAAGAUAACAGACUUUCUUUACUUGAUAUUGAUGAAGUGUGUGAUGAAAUUGGUAUUAAUAGGCAUGUCAUUCGUUUCACUAGUACGGUUCGAUUUGAUGAUUGUGGUCCUGCAGUAAAAACUGCAGAGAAGUUGAAAAGCUUGCUAGAAGAUAAGUUGGAAGGAUGGACCAUAACUAUAUCUGAAGGGAACAUAUCAGUUGAAUCUGUGUUAAUUAAAGUGGAAGGUGAUGAUAAUACUAAGAGUAUUUAUGUCUCAUGGACAAAUCAAGAUGAAGAUUUGGGUAGUUACAUUCUGGGCUUGCUACAGUCAAUGAUCCCAGAAUCUUAAUAAAAUGUAUAUAAAAAAUGUUGUUUUUGGUAAUAGUUAAUAAAUUCU